AUGGUGCUCCGGAAACAGCCCCCACCACGUCUAGAGAAUCUUCACCAAGGGAAUCAUAAGACCAGUCGUUCCAAGACCUCCCCAUCUGCAACCUCGCCCCAGCGUCAACAGUUAAACAGAGUACCAUCUGACAAUUCAAUAUACUCUCCUAACCUACAUAUGUCUCCUGCCUUUGACCUAAUGCCGCUGGAGGAAGCUCAAAGAUCCCCGGUGGGCUCGCCGACCAACCGCCCGCCGAGCUCCUGGGAAGAAGGAGAGCCCCGGAUAGCCAAUACUCGGCCCAAUUCCGAAAACUACACUGGAGGCCCUGUGUUGACGGCGCAACGCUUGCCUAUGGCUCUAAUGUCAGGCUUACCGCAGGUUGUGGAACAUGAGUUUCAUCAUACGCCAAAGCAGCACAAUGAGCGUGAUAAGACACCCGAAGAAGUGCCAGCACAGCUUCAAUCAAACAACCCAUUCUUGAAACCAAUAAGGAAACCAGUUCCUGCAUAUGAAUCGUCAGAGCCGGAGUGGAAUGAUCGCCAUUCUCAUGCGACUAUUAAUAGUGAAGCUUUGAGCCAAACGGACGGAUAUAUUCCCAUGACGGCUAGGUUAUCACUCCUAGACCCUGAUGACCAAGAAUCCCCUUGGGCAGAACAUGAAACUUCGCAUUUGGAACCGAAUCGCACAAUCCCAACGAAUAUACCUCAGGACCAAUCACCGUGGGCAUCGCAGCAUUCAAUCAAAAUAUCAGCACCGGAAGAAAUCUAUUUACAAGGUGGUCAAGCUAAUCCUUAUGCUCCACCGGUGGUGUUACAACCUUCAGGUUCAGCGGAUGAUCUUCAUGGCCUACAGCCGCCUUACCCCCACGGCAGAUUGGGUUCAGAUACUGGUGCACGCACUCCUUCGGCCUUCUCCAGCGCAACAUCGGCAACCUCACACGAAUUGAUCGAUCUGGAGCCCUCGGACCAUCUUGGUGUGGAAGCUGGAUCUCAACAGGCUGGCUCUUCGAUUCACUCUUUCGAUGGGUCGUAUGGGAAGUUAGAGGAUCAUGCGUCUGAUUUUCAACCACCACCGAACACCCCACCGAUCUUGAAGCCUGCAGAUGCCCUUCAGCCCCAAUUGGUGCCGCUUCCCCGGUCCCCAAUGACACCGGCCGAGGAGGCUAAGCAAAAGGAACAGCGCGCGGAAACUUAUUCUAUUCGGCAGAUCAAUUGGAAGGACCGCACGGGAAAAAUACUUCAGUCCCCAAUCCUGGUGCAGAAUAAAAAUGGCCCUUGUCCGCUACUGGCACUUAUCAAUGCCCUGGUAUUGCGAGCGGAUUCAACGGUGCAGCCGCCAAUUGUAAAGGCCUUGCAAACCCGUGAACAAAUAUCUCUGGGAUUGUUGAUUGAGGCUCUAUUUGAAGAGCUAAUCACACGCCUAGGACCUGAAGACUCCUUCCCAGAUAUUGAGGCACUUUCCCAAUUUCUGACAGUUCUGCAUACUGGCAUGAACGUCAAUCCCCGUCUAACCCUGGAGACGGUGGACUCACUUGGUACAUUUUUCCAAACCCCCGACCUCCAGCUGUACAGUACAUUCGGCGUUCCUUUGAUUCAUGGGUGGCUUGCAUCGUGGUCAAGCCCAGUUCAUGACGCCAUGGCCCGAGUUGCCCAAUUUCAUGAGGACAUUCAGUUGCUACAUUUCCGCAAACAAGAGCUCGAAGAACGCAUUAUGAGGGGCGAGUCUCUUUCACCUGAUGAAGAGCACAGGAUGGCAGACAUACAGACCAUUCAAUACUUUGUUGAUAUCGAAAAUAAGACGCAGCUUAGUCCCUUCGGGCUGACCCAAUUGAGCUCAAAGCUUGCUCCCGGUUCAGUGUCCAUAUUCUUUCGCAACGAUCAUUUUUCUACUCUUUACAAACAUCCUCAAUCUCAUCAGCUCUUCACCCUGGUCACUGAUGCAGGCUAUGCUAACCACGCCGAGGUGGUCUGGGAAUCCGUUGUUGAUGUGACCGGUUUCAACUCCGAGUUUUUCGCUGGCGACUUCCGCACUGUGAGCCAUAAUGCAUCGGCUUCUGCCGGUCCUACUACCCCUGCUGGUCCUCGCACAUCAACUGCUCCAUCUCCCAACAAUUUGGCACCAGGCAAUACGUCACCGGGUAGAUUAUCCCCGCAGGAACAAGCCGACGCAGACUAUGCUUACGCAUUGUCUCUACAAUUCCAAGAAGAGGAAGAGGAACAAAGCCAGGGAAGAAACAGCCAGGGGCAAGCGGGCCCACCUAUCCAGAGUCCAAUUCCUGUUCGUCCUUCUAACGAACCUCCACCACGCCUCAGCAACUCCCACCACCGCCUAUCGAGUAACGCGAGCGCAAAUGCAAAUGUCGUGGGUCUUCGACCAGCGCGCCAGCCACAUACUGAACCCGACACUGACGAUCCCAAUGCUCCACCACCCCCUUACGAACAAGCUGCAGGCCGACCCCAGUACAGGCCGGGAGAGCGGCCAUCCCAAUUUACAGAAUUUCCUAGCGAAUACUCUUCAAAUCAGUAUCCUGGAAAUCGAACUCAGCGUAAUGGUCGCUACUCGAACUCCAACCCGGGAAGUCGACCGGAAAACCGAUACAAUCCCAAUAUCAACCCGAGAGAUAGAGACAGAGAUUGUAUCUUGAUGUGA